GGUACUACGAUCAGUCGGUUGGCGCGGCGGUUUAGUCUGUGUUGAUCGUUUGCACGGUGUAGGUCGUGUGCGUCUGUCCGUUGCUGAAGCAUAUAACCGGCGCGGCGGCUUCCUAGCAAUUGCUUAUCGAGAACGAGAGUCGUCGAUUGACGUUUCUUGUGUGUGAGAAACUCGUUGGAGUCUGCGCGAACGGGGCGGACGAAUCGCGUCACGUGUACGCGAGCCCGCUGAACUCUCACGUGUGCAUUUGAAUUUUCGAAAAGAGCAAGUGCCGGGUGGUGCAGGUGUGUUGUUCAGUGCAAAAGGUGGUGCUCGGGCCUGUUCGGUGCAUUCUCGUCUUCGAAAACGUUGGCAGAGCCAGCGGAAUGUGGCACGAGAGGGAGCAUCUCGGAAGCCAUGCCGGCUGACGAGUUAGCUGGAAAUCGACAGAGAAGGAGACCAAGGCUCCAACCGCCUUAACGAACCGCUAUUCUCAUUGGCAAGGUCAUCGAGCGAACCGGAUCUAAUCAUGCUCACCCCAACAAUGUUUCCUGCGCUUCUUUUCUCGCGAUCUUCCUCGAGCAACCGAGUGACCGGUGAACAGGCUACGGGUCGAAUCCGGUCGGGUUUAGUUCAGCAGUGAUCACCUGCUGAAGCCAAUUGCAGCGAAUGGGUCCCAAUGCUUUGAACCGGUUGAGAAAAAAGGAGACUCAAUUGUUGACCUUGCUACCCCCCAUGGUAUUUCCUGUGGAAUUCCCGGCGAACGCUGCUAGAAACUUGAAAGAAGCAGCUAGACACUGGCUGGUAAUUACCCGAUCACUCUGAUGAGAGUGGUCGUCGAGUUUUUGCUAAGCACAAGGUGCUAUUCAACGGGACGGAAGUUGUAGACCUGUUGGGAAGAAGAUAGUACCUCGUCGAAGGACCAAAUGUAUCUAUGAUCAGAAUCCAGUUUAAUCAUGCCUGGGUCGAUGAUGUUUAUUAUGUUCAAGCUGCCUCGAAGAGAAUUACAUUUAAAAACCUCGCAACCAGUGUAAGUAGAAAGAGGUGGCUAUGUAGGCUACCGGAGGAGCGGCGUCGCCAUGGUGGAGCUGGCGUGCAGCAACUCCCUAAGCCCAGGAACGUGAUCCUACCGCUAAGACGUUCCUCGAAAUCAGGUGGACCAGCUGAUGACAAAUCAUUGUGAGCUAGCAAUUUCAGUGAGGAAAGGAAAGAAGGAGGCCAUGUAAAGGAGUCUUCCUCCCGGCAACCCAUCGUCGAGUAAUGCUGAAGCAUAUCCUGACGGGGCAACCGUCGUCAGCGGGCUCCAGGCAUCACCACAAUGAAUAUCAGGCGAGCUCGGGCUCGUUGCACGGCGGACACCAUCAUCACCAUCAUCAACAGGAUCAGCAGCAGCAGCAGCAGCAGCAACAGCAGCAGCAGCAGCAGCAUCAUCAUCAUCACUACAACCAAAGCAGCAGCAACGUGCGCCCACCGGGGAACGCUGGACGCGGCGUCGAUGUUUACGACUCGGUGGUUCAUCCGUCGACGCAACAGAGGGCUAACGUCCAUCAGGCCGCGACGACACCCUCGUCGACGCACAGGCAUCCCCUCAAUCAUUCUCAGCUGAGCGUAAACAAUCUCUCCCAACGGUUGAACCAUUCGCACGCUCUCAACCUGUCCACGCUGUCCACGUCGAAACACUCGGUGAACAGCGUCAGUCCUGUGGCUGGUGGAAACAACAACAACAAUAACAACAACAACCUAUCGAACGCUUUAGGACAUACGGUAGUGCCGCCUGCUGCACCGGUGCACCAGGACAACAGACCCAAGGUGAACGGUGGCUUCGAUAUCUCUAGACUGUCCAGGCUACCCAGCCAAACGACACCCUCGCCAGCUCCUGCUCUUCAAGCCACGGUCCUGGGUGGACAGUUGACCGGAGGAGGUGGUUCCAUCGCGUUACCCUUGAACGCCUCUUGGUCCUCGUCCUUGUCCAGGAAUCACAAGGACCACGAGGCUGGGGCGAAAGAGACCCUCACUAGCCUUGGUUUGCUGUGUCUAGUGUCCCUCUUACUGGCGUUACUCUCGUUGAUCUUUCUGCUGAAGAUCUCCCCGUUAACGGUCACGCCGAGUAGUCUGAUCAGCCCGGAAGAGUACACGAUCGUAUACGAGGUGACUUUGGCGCUGUGCGCCCUAGCUCUAUCUCUCAACUUGUGCUGUCUCCUCGUCUGCGCUAUACAGUUCCUCUUCACCGUGAAGCUCGUCAAGACUUCGUACCAGGGACACUGGAGUAACAAGUACCUGCAAAAAUCGUCCAUCAGCCGUAUAUGCGCUGUCGGAGGCUUUUUCAUUAGCAUUCCCGUCUUUCUAACUGGCAUGAUAUUGUACACGUUCAUCCAGUUCCACUCGACACCGGCUAUCGUCACGUCGGUUUUCAUAGGCCUCGGCAUCGUGUUUUGUGGAUGCGCAAUGGUCCACAACGUCUUCGUGUGGCAGAGGGAGAAGACGAACGCCGUGAAGGCGCUAGCGCGCGAACAAUGCGAGGCUGCGGUGCAGCUUCAGCGGCAGCAGCAGCACCUGCAACACCAUCAGAAUCAACCGCAGCUGCAACAACAACAACAACUUCGAGCACCGUUGACGAUGCACCACCCUGGUUGCGCGACCAAGGUGGGCUCUCUGGCCACUCAACCAAACGCCAGCCACGCGACGCACGGCAGAGCGGCUCAAUAUCAGCAUUAUCAUCACCAUCAUCAUCAUCGACACGUGUCGUCGAUGUCUCCGCCUCUGUUGAUCUCAUCGCCAGCUCCUAUGGCAGCGUCACACAAUCAUCUGAACGUCAGCAGUCAUAGGAACGUGAUUACACCACCUGAUACACCGGGAGACAGGUCGCCACCGAGUCCUGGGAACAAGCUAAACAGGUCGUCGCAGCAUCUGCCACGAGAAGCCAGCGGUAGCGUUAGUCCUGGAUUACCAGCGGCCACAUUGGAUCUCAGCAGCGCUGCGACCACCAAUAGCCCUCAUGAACUGUCUACGUUGGUCUAGCUUGGUGCUGUCCACGAGAGACUUUAGGAUACUUCUAUGAAGUACAGUUUUCUCUCUCCCUCUUUCUGACUCUCUCCGCUCUUAUAGACAAGCAUCAGCAGGUAAUAGAACGCAGAGCUGAAGAGUUGGCGCACGGUAAGAAUGCGACUCUGAUUGGUUAUACAUACCAUAAUGGGUAUGUCUCUUUCAAAAGCAUCAAAGGUGAGGACAAGUGAGGCAACAUUCUUGCCCCUGUGCUAUCCCUCGGGCCAACUUUCUAGCUCUGCAAUGUAGUAAAGAGGGCACAGACCCUGGUUGGUACAGCGGUGGGUACUCCCUACUUUCAGUUUCUUGAGGUCGCACAGCCGAGUUAUAUCCGAACCCUGUCAUCCCAUCCUUAGACCUAGUUUAUACUGGUAGAGUAAACGGCAAAGCAGCUAUCACUAGUACACCGAAGUGGUAGGAGAAGGCUAAGUAGUAGAGUUUACUACUUUACCACUUACUCUACACCUGUAAAAUAUGUCUUACAAUCCUAUCCUCACUACUUAGCAGUAGCCCAGAAACAAUUACAUGUUCGUCUAUGCCACAAACUCUACGAGAUAAUUGUAUAAGUGCUCCAUGAAUCCAUCAGUGUGCAUUGUGUUAAGUAUACCAAAGGAAGAGCCAAGCUAAUCCUAGCUAUGUGCUGUCUACGAGAGCCUUUAGGAAGCUUCAAGGAGUCAGGCAGUCUCCCACUCGGUGCGCGAGCAUGCGAAUGCACAGAUUCCACCAGAGGAAAAUCGAAUGUGUGUAUAUUGGUGUAUGUUUGUAGAAGAUAAAGUGGGGAGAGCCUUAUGGUUGCAGAAUGGUUCACCUGUGUUACGGGGACCGAACGAAGAUGGGAGUAGUGGGGACCAAAGUGUGUAAGGGACCCCUCUCGUGGACAGCAUUCGAGGUCUCUGCUCGAACAUCCGAAGUGUCUAAAUGAUAAGUUAUUUAGUUCACAGUUGCUCGUCAACUGACACUGACCAGAGACGAAAAGCAAUUCGAUUCCUGAAAGAUGUUCCAGGAACAUCGUGACAAAGAACCAACUAAUUUAUACCCGCGUGUUAUCUUGCCAUUUACAUGUUAUGAUUAUUAUUUUUUUAUCAACAUCAUUAUUAAUAUUAUGAUGACAAUAUUAUUAUUAAUCAUGCGAAACCUCUAGUCCUUAGAUUACUUUCGUUCUUACGGAAGAAUAAGAUUUCUGGAUUUUGACUAUCGCGCCGCGGCUAUGCGAUUACAAGUUCUCCUCAUCUUAACAAGUUCAUACAGUUCAAAUCUCAAAUUAUAAACGGUAUAGUUGCAAAUUUGCAAAUGAAUCAAAAAUGUUAUUCGUUGAAAUUAAUACAAAUCCAACAUUGAAACUUUUUUUUUUUCUUCUUUUUUUUGCACUUAAUAAAAAGAACUAUUGUAAUUUGAGAUUUUAACUUUGAUCAGAUUCUCAAUUUUACUAUUUAAGCGUCGAUACUUAACGUCUUUGUUCCUUUUCUUUCCGCGCAGAACUAUAACGUUUAAUUAUGUCAAAUAGUUGAUGUUAUCGAACUGGUGACUGACACGAAUUUAGAAUUAAACGUUUAGGAUUAUUUAAACGAGUAAUCGUGAGUGUAACGUAACAAAAGUAUCGAUGAUAAAAGUAUUUUCUUUAUGGUGUACAUACAUACAUACAUAUAGAAGACGACCAAUUUUUCUUUUUGUUUUAUAAAACAAAUUUUUUCUUAACAA